UAUAUUUUUGUUUUCUACCGAGAAACGAAUUUUUACUUACUUUAAAUUUUACAGUACAAAAAACUGAUAUUUUUUUCGUGAUUGGUUAAUAACUCGCUGAGUAUAGUUAUUGUUUUUUUUAAACGAGAACUUGUCGUCACUAUAAGUAGAAGAUCUUAUGUUAACCAACUUUGCAGCGAUGCAAACAGGAUCUAGAAACAUUCUUUUGAUUGGUUGUGUCACAUCAACUCUUCUUCUUGUUACAUCUUGUGUUGGAAACGCCUGGAUGAAAACAAGAUAUACUAGAAAUUAUUCAGUUACAAUAGGUUUGUGGAAAACAUGUGCUCGUAAUAUAUGUAAUGCAAAUCCAGACACGAUUGUUCAACGGUAUAACUUUCUCACUUUGAGGAUCUUAACCCAAGGAGCUGUUAUUGCAAGUAUAUUCGCAACUGUUUUAACAAUGACCUUUUUCUAUGAACGAAACAUUCGGUAUGUUGUUUCUAUAUGUUUGCUCGUUGCAGCUUUAACAGAACUUGCUACUGUUAUUCUUUUUAUUCAAACAAGACAGUCAUUGGCUAUUGACUUUGGCACCUAUUAUGGAAACCCCAUACUAUAUUCUUGGACUUACAUCGUAGGCUGGAUUGGAACGAUUAAUUGUUUUUUAUAUUCCCUAUACGGCUUUUAUGCUAGUCGCAUGAUCUAAUACUUGUUUAGAUUUGUAUAUAGAAUAUUCACACGAAUUGUUAUAUCUUUAUGUAGUAAAAAGGCACCACAAGUAUUAGCAUGUAUGAACGAUCAGAAUAAUUUAAACUUGCCCCCUACAAGAUUUUUCAAGGUUUUGUGACCUUGGUGGUGUUAAGUGCGUCAGAUGACAAUCAUUGUUGUAUACCGUUUUACCAUAAGCAAACAUUUUUGUGAUGUCUAAAAAUAAUCUAUCUGUUUGAUUUUGAGCCAAUAAUGGUAACUCUGAGUAGCGGCAGGAAAUUUCACAUUUUGCCACGAGAUUAGGGCUAGUGAUAAAAAGUAUUACAUCACUAAAGGACAAACUGUAGAAUGUCAUUUUGUCAGUGUGUAAUUUCGUCAUCUUUUCGUUGUUAAAGGUUGUUGCGUAAAUCGUGAAAUGUUAAUAAUAUACAGUGGAACCUCGUUAAAGUAGACACUUUGUGACCAGAUAUAUUUUGUUAAAUCUAUUUCAAAGCCUGAAAUCCAUUGGACAUGCCCAGAUUACCCUUCAACACUCCCCAGUUAGGCAAAUAAUAUUUUUAAAAAACAAUAUGACCUGAAGAAAUGUAAGUUUGCUAAACAAAGACGUUUUAGAUACUAGGGAAGAAGAAUAAAAAAACCUGGUAAGACUAAAAGUAAUUACAAAGUUGUACAGCGCAUUACUUACGGUUAUCAAAGAUUAUCACAAUGUUUUUAAAAUUGACAGGCUCAUUAGACAUAGUAAAAUGUAUAUUCUAGCACAGUCGACGACGACAAAAAAGGAAAUUCCCCAAAUUCCGGCAAUUCCGAUAAAUCCGACAAUUCCGGAAAUACCGAUAAAAUUUCAAGCAUGCGCAAUGACGACUAACGGGAGAGUCCCUACUAAUACUGACAUAAACAAAAUUUCGAGCAUGCGCAAUCGAGUAGGGGAAAGUCCUAUAGAGUUGCAACCGUGCUAGAAAUAUUGCUGAUUGAAAUCAUAAAAAUCUAUAAUAAAGAUGAAUGAGUACACCGUCAAACAGUUACACACUAUCGCGAAAACCCGUGGACUUACACGCUAUUCCAGGCUACGCAAAGCCGACCUUGUUGCUUUGCUGGAGCAACCGGCUGCGCCCACUCCUCCACAGGAUGUACCGCAGAGACCACCCAGGAGGGCCGGGCGACGAAACCCAGCCAGACCAGUGACUAUUUUACCAACACCAGAGGCCAUGGACAUCUUCGAACGACAGGAGAUGGCAAAGAGUCGAUCGGUCGUGAAAAAAAAGAUGCGUGAAUGGUACAACUGGCUAGUGGACACUGUUCCCGAGCCUAUAAAGAAGGGUGUCAAUAGCGCAUAUAACACGUUUAAAAACAAUAUGAUGAACCUCUACAACAGAGUCACGGGUGCAACGCUUCAUGGCGAGGUUGAGCAAGAGGUAAGGGAGGAUCAUGUUAAAGACGAGCAGCAACCGGAUCAAGACUUCACGCCGCAGGAACAUAAGCAUGCUCACCAUAGGACCUUCCGAAGUUUCCGAAGUUUCCGAAUCCCCGGCAUAGACGGCACGGAUGUCGAUGGAUACUUGGGCAUGGUGCGAUCACACGUGAAAACCUUGGUUGAGAAGCAGGUUAAAGACAUGGGGUCUGCUAAGGUGCAGUGUUCCCUCUGGAUUUUAUGAAAGAAGCCAGUGGAGGGCACAAGCGAGUUUAUCGAAGUUGAUAAGGUCUUCCACAGCAAUAUGACAUCGGUCUUCCAGGGUACCGUCGUGGAUCAGGUGCUGGACACGAUGUUUGCCCAGGUCAGGACGCUUGUAGGGAAUCCCACGCUGCCCAAGAGUGGCUUUACGAUCAAUCGAAUUAUGCAUCUCGACGUGGACUUCCAUAAGCUACGGCUAACAGGGACUUCAUCAUAUAUCAUAGCACCCAAGUGGAUAGCCACCAAAAAGGCCAUCAUUAACCCGAUGAAUGAAGAUGAGGAGUGCUUCAAGUGGAGUGCUUUGAGAGCUGAUCCCGAUGAAAGAGAAUGCGAGGGAGACCAAGACGAAAAAGCUGAACAAGCACGUACCAUGUGGCUGGUAAACGUAUAGUACCUUUGCCUACGGGCCCGUGCCAGGCCCACUGACAGUCUACAGGGGUGAGGACUACGUGACGAGGUAAAGCGACUCUACAACACCUACCCUCAGCAAGACAUGUUUCCCCUAACGGAGGUACUAAAGAGGGAGCAAGACUCCGCCACGACUUGUCACAUCUGCAUGAAACCCUUUGACAACGACCCGAAGAAAAAAGUGAGGGACCAUUGCCAUUACACGGGGUUAUACAGAGGCGCUGCGCAAAACAUCUUCAACCUCAAGUUUAGAAUCCCCAGGCAUGCGGCCGUGAUCUUACACAACCUCUCAAGGUACGACGCCCACUUGAUCAUCCGAGAACUAGGAGAGAAGUACGACACCCAGGACAUUGGUUGCAUCGCGGAGAACACCGAAAAGUAUAUCUCCUUCAAUGUGAAAAUUAAGGUACCCAAUGGAGGCAUGGGGCACGGUGAUGGUGAGACGUACAAGAGCAUAGAGCUCAGGUUCAUCGACAGCUGUCGCUUCAUGGCAUCCUUGUUAGACAAAUUGGCAAGCAACCUCAUUGGCACAAACACCACAGGCAUGAAAUGUCAGCAGUGCGCGGAUACAAGUCUGGAAUUUCAGAGGAUCGACGCAGAGUAUGUGGCAAGCCUUUGGUGUAAAAAUUGCGACUCGAAUACCACAAAGCAGCUAGACAUGGAGCAGGUAAAGGCAAACGUACCAUCCAUG